AUGGGUAUUACUCGGGACUCGCGUCACAAGCGGUCAGCCACUGGUGCUCGCCACGCCUACUACCGCAAGAAGAGGCAAUUCGAGCUCGGUCGUCAGGCCGCCAACACCCGUAUCGGCCCUAAGCGCAUUCACGACGUGCGUGUGCGCGGUGGCAACAUCAAGCCCCGUGCUCUCCGUCUCGACAGCGGCAACUUCGCCUGGGGUUCGGAGCACAUCACCGCGAAGACCCGUAUUCUCGGUGUCGUGUACAAUGCCUCGAACAACGAGCUUGUGCGUACUAACACGCUCGUGAAGGGUGCCGUUAUUCAGAUUGAUGCCACGCCCUUCCGUAUGGCUUACGAGAAGCACUACGGCCAGCCCGUGACGAAGCGCCGUAUGCCUGGUACCGCCCCCACGGAGGAGAAUGUGAAGAAGAGCAACCACGUCGAGCGCAAGCUGGCCGAGCGCCGCAAGGAUGGCAAGGUGGAGCCGCUUGUGGAGCAGCAGUUCUCGGCUGGUCGUCUCUACGCUGUGAUUGCCAGCCGCCCUGGCCAGUCGGGUCGCGCUGACGGCUACAUCCUUGAGGGUUCGGAGCUCGAGUUCUACAUUCGUCGUCUCCGUUCGGCCAAGUCGAAGCACGCAUAA